UUUUAUAGUUGGCGUAUUUGCAGGAGCCGUAAAGAGCUAUACGACAGUAGGCAAUAGCAAUGGCAAUAUCGAGGACGACGUUAAUUUCUAUGAGCGAGAGCUGGAGCGUUACAUGCAAGAAUCGCUUGACAGCACACAGCGAUCCAGGAAGAAUUUGGAACAGAGCGAACAGGUUGGCAUCGGCGCUGCACAGGAUCUGCUGGCACAGAGAGAGAAGUUGGAGCACACGGAGAAGAAUCUAGACGAAAUUGAUAAAACAACCAAAAUGACGCAGCGCAAUCUGAAUAGCCUCAAGUCGAUGCCACCGUCCAGAUCCGAUUCAAGCCUUCACGCCACAGUGGAUAAGCUGAGCACAGCUUCUAGUGCUAAUUCAAGCUAUAGUGGUGGCGCAGUAUCUGCAUCUGGUCCAACGUUAAGCGCAAGCUCGCGUGCUGCAAUCAAGGGAACCCGUUGGGAGACGAUGGAUAAUGAAAUUGACGCUAAUCUUGGUAAUGUCUUUUUCUCACGAGUGAUCGCUUUAGCAGACCUGCGGUAGUG